AUGAACAUGGGCAUUCGUGGAUUGGUGUUUCUUGUGCUCCUAGCAACAGCAACGGCAGCGCCGUGGCGUUGCUUCAGGACCAACGGUGGGACAGUGUGCUUCGGAGAAGUGGGACAGCCAGUACUAUGCCCACCAUCGAUCAACAUAGGGCGAGCAUGCCCCCCCUGCACCGGACCGGCCACGAUAUAUACACCACCGUGUCCAUGCCCCUGUCAACCACCUUGCCCCCAACCGUGCCCAUCGCCGUGCCCAUCACCAUGCCCUUCGCCAUGCCCUGAACCAUGUCCAUGCGAGUAUUAA